AUGACCCCAAGCGACCCAGGAGACACCGGCCCAAGCACUCCAGGUCCAGGCCCAACAACCCCAGGUGUCGCGUCUCCCACCUGGGAGGUAACCCUAUCCCGCGGCGCGGUCGUCAUCUCCGCCGUCGGGGCAGCCACCACCACCGGCCACCCAGGGCUCCCCACCCCAGGCAGGGCCCUGCGCCUGCGGCCGCCGCCUCCGCCUCUGCCCUAUCCCUCCCCGUCUCCAAAGCACGGGAAGCGCGACUGCGGCACAGAUGAGAAUCUCGAGCCUCUUCCUCCCGGUGCGAAUGUCAUCCUACUACAGCAGAGAAGCGAACCCCCGAGGUCCGCCGCCCGCUAG